AUGUCCAACCUCGGCGCCGGUCUCCAGAAGCAAACCUGGGAUCUUGACACGAUGCCCAAGUUUGAGAAGUCCUUCUACAAAGAGCACCCUUCUGUCAGCAGCCGCACUGCCCCCGAGGUCGAGAAGUUCCGACGGGAUCAUGCUAUCACCAUCCACGGUAGCGAUGUCCCCAAGCCCGUUGAGACCUUCGAUGAGGCCGCAUUUCCCCGAUAUGUCAUGGAUGAGGUUAAGGCUCAGGGCUUCCCCGCCCCGACUGCCAUCCAAUCUCAAGGUUGGCCUAUGGCCCUGACUGGACGAGACGUUGUCGGUAUUGCCGAGACCGGUUCCGGAAAGACUCUGACCUACUGUCUCCCUGCCAUUGUUCACAUCAAUGCUCAGCCUCUCCUGGCCCCUGGCGACGGCCCCAUUGUCCUCGUCCUUGCUCCCACUCGAGAGCUGGCUGUCCAGAUCCAGCAGGAGAUCACCAAGUUCGGCAAAUCUUCCCGCAUUCGCAACACGUGCGUCUACGGAGGUGUUCCCAAGGGGCCCCAGAUUCGUGACCUCUCCCGCGGCGUGGAGGUCUGCAUUGCCACUCCCGGACGCCUCAUUGAUAUGCUCGAGUCGGGCCGCACCAAUCUCCGCCGUGUCACUUACCUGGUUCUCGAUGAAGCCGAUCGUAUGCUGGAUAUGGGUUUCGAGCCCCAGAUUCGCAAGAUCAUCACUCAGAUUCGUCCCGAUCGUCAGACUCUCAUGUGGUCUGCUACCUGGCCCAAGGAAGUCCGCGCUCUCGCCUCUGAUUUCCUCAACGAUUUCAUCCAGGUUAACAUCGGUUCCAUGGACCUCGCUGCCAACCAUCGUAUCACCCAGAUUGUCGAGGUUUGCUCCGAGUCUGAUAAGCGUGACCGCAUGAUUCGCCAUCUCGAGAAGAUCAUGGAUACCACCAAGGGCGAAACCAACAAGAUCCUGAUCUUCACCGGCACCAAGCGCGUUGCCGACGACAUCACCCGGUUCCUCCGCCAGGACGGCUGGCCUGCCCUUUCCAUCCAUGGCGACAAGCAGCAGAACGAGCGUGAUUGGGUCCUGGACCAGUUCAAGACGGGCAAGAGCCCCAUCAUGGUUGCCACCGAUGUGGCUUCUCGUGGUAUUGAUGUGCGCAACAUUACUCACGUACUCAACUAUGACUACCCCAAUAACUCGGAGGAUUAUAUCCACCGUAUUGGCAGAACCGGUCGUGCUGGUGCAAACGGAACCGCCAUCACCUUCUUCACCACUGACAAUUCCAAGCAGGCUCGGGACCUUGUGAAUGUCCUCCAGGAGGCGAAGCAGCAGAUCGACCCUAAGCUGGCCGAGAUGGCUCGCUAUGGAGGUGGUGGCGGCGGCGGAGGUCGCUACGGCUACCGUGGACGUGGUGGCGGCGGCGGUGGUCAUAGGGGUGGUGCCAAUGCCCUGCCUAUUGGCAGCCGCCGUUGGUAA